AUGCUCAGCCGCCGAUGCAGCCACCUCAGCCCCGCCCACUCCCCCACAGAGCCCCUCGGGCCCAUCGCCCUCGGCACGGACCGCCAUCGGCGCAGCCUGGCACCCGCCAGCCCGCUCAGCACCCCCUUCGCACCCGCCUCGCUCCCCAGCAACUUCUUCCAGCCCUGGCACGAGCCCCCGCCCGACGAGCGCAUCGGCCGCCCCACCGCCAGAGACAUCCGCCACCCCGCCGGCGCAUACAGAGACCCGAGCGUCGGCAGCAUCGGCAGCCCCUGCAGCUCCAGCGCCCGCUCCGGCAUCGGGCUCAGCAACAUGAGCCCCUUCACCGGCAACUCGCUCCUCCCCCCCGGCGGCCCAGUCUCCUUCGGCGGCUCGCUCACCACCAGCCAUCUCGACCUCGGCUACCGCAUCCACAGCAGGGCACGCGACAGCAGCCUCGGCGCCAUCGGCUCCGGCAGGAUGGCCGCCAGGAGCUCCGUCCCCGCCACCACCCCCGCCUCGGGACUCGGCCUUGCCAGCAGCAGCAGCAGCAGCUCCGGCAGCCGGAUCCUCAACAGCAGCAGCAGCAACAACAACAACACAGCCGAGUUCGGCUUCGUCGGCUCCGUCGGCACCGACAGCUGGCUGACCGGCGGAAGAAGCCUGAGCAACGACCUCGACGAAGACGACGAAUUCGCCCCCCCGACCAAGUCCGGCGCCACCAGCCGCCGCCACAGCCUCUCGGCCUUCAUCGGCGCCCGGAGCUCCUUCGAGCCGCUCCCCUCCUCCCGCACCCACCCUCACACCGCCUUCCUGCUCAACGACCGCAAGAACAACCAGCGAGUGCCGAGCGCCCACAGCACAUCGGCUGCUGACAUACCCCCCCAGCAAAACAACCCUGGCGAGAUCUUCGGCCCCAGCAGCUCGGCGAUCACCGACGAGGACCUCUGCUUCUCCGCCGACUUCAACUCGCUCAACCUCGACCUCGACAGCCAGCAAUCCUCCCAGGAACCCAGCGACCGGCUCGGCUUCCAGUUCAGCAACCAUUACGCCCACUCCCAGCCAUCCCCCUUCCAGCCCAAGCCCAACCAUCCCCCUCCAGACACCCUCCCUGCUGCUGCUCCGCCGCCGCCUCCCCCCCUCAACAACAUGCCCUGGUCCGCCCAACUGCCCCCGGCCCCGAACCCGUUCGGCGGCCCGGAGAGCUUCGCCCGCAAGUCCUCCUUCAGCGCCGGAGACCCGUUCAGUGCGUCGGCCCAAGCCUCGCGGUACUUCGCCGCCCAGGCGGGCAACAGCUCCACCACCCUCCAGGAUACCCAGCCCCCCGCCGGGUCCCGCUUCCCGUUCAGCCACGCCGGAUCCGCCCUCCAGCCCCUCGGCUCGCUCAGCAGCCCCGCCGUCACCACCUUCAGCGCCAGCGGCCUGCUCUCCGCCCCCCCGCCCCACGCCCGCCAGCUCAUCAAUGGCGACAACAAGCCCGCGCCCUUGGGCCCAUACCCCUUCGACCCCGCCUCUUCGGGUGCGCCGUACUACUCCGCCGCCGCAACCCCCUCCCACCCCCAUCUCUCGACAAGCCCACUCUCGCCCCUCUUCCACCAGAUCCAACAACCAGGGUUCCCGACGACACCCAACCCACCACCCCCACCGUCGCUCGUCUCUCCCCGCUCCUCGCUCGUGCCCGGGCCGGGGCCCAACGAGCUCUCGGAGCUCGGCAAGGGCGUGCCCCUCCACCUGCUCCCGCGUUCCUGUCGCCUGUACAUCGUCGAGUUCAAGGCGGGGCGGACGGACCUGUUCUAUGUGGCUGGCCCGGAGGACCCAGCCGACGCCCAGCCCGUCCGCAAGGACGACCUCGUCAUCGUCGAGGCCGACCGCGGCAAAGACCUCGGCAAGGUCGUCCACGACCACAUCUCCAUCGACCAGGUCGUCGCCUUCCAGGCCCGCCAGCAGGAGCUGCUCCAGGCCCUCCCCCCGACCGCCGCCGCUCCCCCGCCGCCUUCUCCCGCGGGGGACAUCGGCGGGCUCCCCUCGACCGCCUCGUCCAGGCUGACCAAAGAGUUACCCUCUCCCCCCAUUCCCACCCUCUCCCACCAUCCACUGACCGUGUCUUUUGUCGGGGGACAGAUCCACCCGAAGAAGAUCUUCGGCAGAGCCAGCGCGGCGGAUGUCCAGGCGCUGCAUCUGAAGACCGAGGAGGAGCGCAAGGCGCUCAGCCUCUGCCGCGCCAAGGCGCUCCAGCGCGGCCUGCGCAUGCAGGUCAAGGACGCCGAGUGGCAGUGGGACCGCCGCAAACUCACCUUCUUCUUCGUCGCCGACAAGCGCAUCGAUUUCAGGGAGCUCGUCAAGGACCUCUUCCGCACCUGGAAGACCCGCAUCUGGAUGUGUUCCGUUAACCCGUAG